AUGGAGGAGCCCGAGCAGCGCCCGGGCGAAGAAGGCGCCGAGCAGCAGCAGCAGCCGCCCGCGCCAGCCCAGCCGGAGGAGUCGGGCAGCGGCAGCGGCAGCGGCAGCGACGGGGAGGCCAACCGGCGGCGGGCCCUGCUCCUGCCCCGCGCGCUCCAGGCGCCGGGCAACCACGCGCACCCCCCGCACCGCGUCACCAACUUCUUCAUCGACAACAUCCUGCGGCCCGAAUUCGGGCGGAGGAAAGACUGCGGCGGCUGCGGCGGCACCCCUGGCUCCAGCCCCGAGCAAGCGCCGCCCGCCCACCUCCUGGCCGCCCGCAACCCGCCAGCCCCGCCGCCCAACGCUUCCCCCGCAGAAGCAGCAGCAGCGGCAGCAGGCGGCGCCUCCAAAGCUCUGGCCGCCGCCAAGCAAGGAGGCGACUCGGGCGCGCUGGACCGGGAAACUCUCAAGUCCCGCGGCGGCGGCGGCGGCGGCGGCGGAGGAGGAGGAGAUCUGUCGCUCAGCUCCGACUCGGACAGCUCGCAGGCCAGCGCCUUCCCCGGCGGGCAGCCCAUGCUGUGGCCGGCCUGGGUCUACUGCACCCGCUACUCCGACAGGCCUUCGUCAGGCCCCCGAUCCCGCAAACCAAAGAAGAAGAACCCCAACAAGGAGGACAAGCGUCCCCGCACGGCCUUCACGGCGGAGCAGCUGCAGAGACUCAAGGCCGAGUUCCAGACGAACCGAUACUUGACGGAGCAGAGGCGCCAGAGCCUGGCCCAGGAACUCAGCCUCAACGAGUCGCAGAUCAAGAUCUGGUUCCAGAACAAGCGGGCCAAGAUCAAGAAGGCCACCGGCAACAAGAACUCCCUGGCGGUCCACCUCAUGGCACAAGGACUGUACAACCACUCCACGGCCUCGAAAGACGGCAAGUCAGACAGCGAGUAGAGGUGGCGUGGGGAG